AUGCAAGACUGCCGUUUUACUUGCUCGCACUACGUCCACGCUUCGUUUUAUGCCACUAUAGCGCCACAUCAUUUUCCAAAUGCUUCAGUCAAGAAAGAGGUGGGUGCAUGGUGUCAACUUCUAGAUGCAUCGCCAACCUUAUUUUUCCUCGCCCAAUGCAAAGAGAGACUUGCGAGCCUGCUCGCCAAAGCUCCCCCUGAAGAAAACAUCAUCGACGUUGUGGGCGAUGACUCAUUCGAACCUGUCAUUGAGACAAGAUCAAAUCUUUCAAUGCGCAGAGAAAUACAUUUGAAGUAUUGCCAGAAUAGAAACUCUCAAGUGAAGCUAUUGCAAAAGAUUAUCUACAGAGACAAAGAAGACGGUUCGACUUUUGAGAUAACGUUUCCAUUUCUGGAUGGUGUUGAAGCAUGCGCUGAUUUGAAAUGUGGUAUUUGUGUGCCAAACUAUAAUCAGUCGCCAGCUUACAUGGAUCAACUGGCUGCCGAACAUGAUGAUCAGAAACCAGUUGCUGUGCUUGAUAUUCAUCCAAAUUUUGACGAGAUGAUGCAUAUGGAAAGUGAUGAAAAAAUGGAUGAGACUUAUAUCACAACGAUGAGAGAAUUAACGGCACAGAAAGCAUAUAUAUGCCCUGUUUGCUCAAAAGUUUUGAAGAGCAAAUACUCCUACAAAGCCCAUGUUUUGAAACAACAUGAGAACAAAGAUGCGCCAUACCAUUUUACGUUUACAGAACAAAAAAGAGGCCGUCCAGCCAACAAGUCUCAAGACCACGAAGCGCUGACUAAAACGACAAAGAGAAAAUACACGAAAAGUGUUAGAAACGAUGAGGAGCCAACGCUUUAUCCUAGAAAGUACUCCAUCGUUCAGCCAGAGGCAAUGUUCCCAAUAUCGAUUGGAACGAAAUACCGAACUGCGAGAAAUGUCAAUGGA